AUGCUUAUCCUGCAAAGCCGGGACCCCACGCUGCCACCUGUCCAUCCCUCAUUGGCCAGCGUGCAUCUGGCACCUGGCUAUAAGGGCCGUCUGUUGGAGCUGGCUAUUGAUCUGGGCUUCAGGCUUCUCCCCGCCUUCUCAUCAGGCACGCCCAUCCCCUACGCGUGGGUGAACCUGCGGAGGGGAGUACUUCCAGACGACGUCACGCACACGUGCACUGCAGGCGCCGGCACUCUGCUGCUGGAGUUCAGUGCGCUCUCAAACCUCUCAGGCAUUCCCAUAUUCCAGGAGAAGGCAGAGGCAGCAGUGGUGGCACUGUACAGAAGGAGGUCGCCUCUGAACCUCGUGGGCAAUGGAAUCAGCAGCACGUCAGGAGUGUGGCUGCAGCGGGAAUCCACAGCAGGUGCUGGCGUUGACUCGUUCUUUGAGUACCUCCUCAAGGGCUACCUGCUACUGGGAACAAGCACUUUUUGCCGAAUGUUCUCCAAGGUGUAUUCCGGUGCAAUGCGGUACAUGGCGGUGCGGGGGGAGUCCAUGGUGCGCUGGCUGCUAGACGUGAGCAUAGACAAUGGGCACCUGGGCCGGCACUAUGCCUCGUCCCUCCAGGCGUUCUGGCCCGCCAUGCAGGUUCUUGCCGGGCAGACCGCGGAUGCCCGAGUCAUCCACAGUGGCCUCUGGGCAGUGUGGAAAAGAUUUUCCUUCCUGCCCGAGCUUUUCAGCGUGACUGCUUCAGCCGUUCAUCCAGUGGAAAGGGGAUACCCACUGAGGCCCGAGAUGGCAGAGAGUGCAUACUUCCUCUUUCAGGCCACAGGCAACCACACAUACCUGGAGAUUGGGAGGGAUAUUGCUGCAGCCCUCAACACAGUCACACGCACAGAGUGUGGGUUUGCAAGCGUUGGCGACGUGCAGACGCAUCGACUUGACGACCACAUGGAGUCAUUCCUGCUCUCGGAAACACUUAA